AAUGGGUGCCAUGCUUGCCCAUAGCGAAGUCGGGCAUAGGACGAUGAUGUCCAGCAAGCCAACGGGAACAUAUUCGCCUCUGAAGCUCUCGAACUCGGAGUCACGCCUCCCGAGCGGUCAGUCGGUCAAGAUAUUCCGACCGGGUGUCAUUGGGUUGAGGAAGAGGGUGGAAAAUACGCAGCAGGACCUGCCUACGACGCCCGAGGUGUCAGCCCCAUCGACUUCUGCUUUCAGCGCGGAAAUACCGAAUGCGCAAGCCAAACUGCAAACCUCGGUCACGGUCUCCACUCCUGUGUCGAAAUCGUCGCGACAUCUCCCAAAGGUUGUCGUGAAAGAGGUGGACGGUGCGAAGGUAACUCAAGAGUUCCUCAGAACCAGCGAAGAGUAUCAGCUAUCAACGGACAAGUCGCCCGAGACGGUCUUCACCCUCACGCUGGCAUGGCUCCUUCGGCACGCUGCAAGAGAUUACGGGUUUAGGAUUAUGCCGGAUGGUUUUGUACGCGUUUCGGACGUGUUGCGGUUCUUCAAGAAAGAGACUCUGCAAUCGUUGUCCGAGCGCUGCCUUGCGGACCCCGGGCAUCGUUUCGAACUGCUGUCUCUUCCGGAUUUGGUGGAUGGCAGGUUACAGGAGGUGUGGUGGGUCAAGGCAAGGCUCUCGCACAGCAUACCGGGUGUCGCAUCCUUUCACAAGCGAAUAUUGAACAUGGGCAAGCUGCAGACCCUGAUAUAUAGGACAACGAUGGACGAAUGGCCAUAUAUUGAGAAAUAUGGUAUUCCUGAAGGGCCAGAACACACCAUCCCGCUCCUCCAACGUAGGAAGAACUUCUUCACAGGUCAUGUCCCUCAGCACGAGAAGUUUCUCUGUAUCACAGUCGAUGCGGAACGCGCUACGAAAAUGGGUGUGAUGUUUUUCCACACGAACGAGAACGACCUCCUGGCAGUGGGCAACAGGGACCACGUUAUCCCUCUGGCAGCCUGCAGAAGCGUCGUUGAGUUGGAGGUCUCAAAGGAGAAGCUUCGAUA